AUGGAGUAUGCCAGACCAACUCUUUUGAUUGUGUGUGAUCAGAUUGCUGAUGUUUUCCGACAGGGUGGUAUGCGCUUGUAUUGGGCUAUAUCUUGUGCAGCAAGUAGCUAUUUUGCUAUUUGGCUGAAAUCCGAGAAGUUCUCUGUCACUUUGCGAAACGUUAUCCCAUCAGGUGCCAGCUUGAUAUCCGCUUUCUGUGUCAUUCUAUGGGGCUUUGGGGCAAAUUACUCUGGAAGUCGUUUUGCAUUUGUGAUCGGACCAUUAACUUAUGGGUUGAUUCCCAACGGCAUUCUUGCCAUUUGGCCAAAAAGCGUAAAAUUGAAAGAGUUUGCUUUUCUCACAGACGGUGUUCAAAUCAUGACUGCAGUCUUUUAUGCAUGGGCAAAUGAAAUAUGUGCAGGAGAUAGCGAGGAGCGAGCUAUUGUUAUAAGCAGUAUGAAUGGCUUGCAGUACGCUGUAGCGGGGUGGCUUCCAAUUGUCAUCUUUCCACAAACCGAAGCACCCACAUUUCGUCGUGGCUUCCCAGCUACAUUUGGAUUCGUUAUCACAGCUCUCCUCGCCAUCUUACUUAUCCAGUUCCUCCACACGCGCGAGUUGAAGCAAACAGCAGAAAUGAACCACGAAGACACCGAAGCAAUAAAUUCCGAGGAGGUAUUACAUAUCGACAGUGGGCCAACUAAGGGAAUUGAGAGUGGCGAGUUCCGAGGAGUACCAGUAGCUGAUCUGGUGUGUCCUGAUAGAAUGAGAUGGGAGACUGAAGGUGUAGACUGGCGAAAUGCUCUCGAUGCAGUCAAGAAGAUGUGGUCAAGAAGAUGUAUUAAGAGUUCGAAAACAAAAAAUGACUGUACCUUAGCGGUUUAUACAAUAAGAAUCUGUGGGGGGGGGGGGGAUAGCGUUGUUUCAUUGGUGGCUCAAUUGGUAAGAAUUUACUGUUAUCCCGAAACAAAAACUCGUCUAGACUUCAAUGAAAUUUUGACUCUUCGAGUAUAUCUGCGGUUUACCAGACCUGAGAGUUUCGUGGAAUGA